GUGGCGGCUGCGAGGGGCGGGCGGGAGGCUUUUCCUUCGAGACGACAGCGAACCGCUCCCUUCUGCCUCUGAAAACCAUUUGUCGUCUGAAGAAAUAUCGAGUUCUUCCUGCGCCCUGCCAGGAUCGACAAUGUGGAGAAGGAAUCUGCUGGCAAGGAUCGCGAUUUCGAGGGAUUUGUGCGCCCGAGAGCCCGUUAUUCGUUCCCCAUUUGUUGAUCGAUGGAAGAAGCCCUUUUCCACCUCAAGCGAAGAGCAGGAAGCUGCCACCGAGGCGUUCGUGAGCCGUCCCACCAAAGGUUUGGUGUAUGGAAGGCUCAACCAAUUGGGGAAGAACACUCUGAAAACCGACAUCAUUCAUUUCUUCGACGGAUGCAAUUUGACGCUUUCGGACAUAAGAUUUGAUUACAAUCGAUCGUAUAACCCGCUUGGCGCAUUUUUCCGUUCAAGGAUGUUGAUUGAACAGGUCAUUUUAUGGACAAUCAGGGUAUUGCAGUUUCCGUCCAAGGGGCCUUUUGAUGCAGCUGUAAAAUUGUUAAUUAGAAAAGGUCGAUUGUACCGCUUGGAGAAGGCAGACCGGAGCCAGUGGGACCUUCUGACGUCCUAUGAUGGAAAAACUGUUCUAAUUCAAGGUGUUCCUCGCAAUGCAUCAUUUGAUGAUGUUGAGCGUGUUCUCUCCGGUUGCAAUUUUGAUUCCUCCAGCAUACAAAUGUUUGUAAGGCCUGGUUUUCCUGAUUCCGUAAGGAUGGCGCUUGUCCAGUUUCCAACACGAUUGGAGGCAAUGAACGCUUUUCUAACAAAGAAUAGGAGCUUUUGCCUCAAUAACCCCAUUUCAAUGCGAGUUCUUCAAUGAGCAGAGUUGCCCGUUUGGUAGGACUAAGCCAGCUACUUGUUCAAACACGUUCACUCUUAGCAGAAAGUGGACAAUCAGAUUUCCUUGUGUGUUCUGUAUGUCAUCACAUUUUUGUGGCUACGCUGUUUCAGCAAGCAAGACGUGACAAUUUUAGGUAUACUUUUUGCACUUGAAACAAGUUUCUUGCAUUCCUCAAUUUAUGCACUCUGCACUACAUUAUAAAGCUCUGCAAAAUUUCCA